GGAGAUCCAUAUGAACAGAUAAACAAACCCCAUCCCUCUCGCCUUCAGCAAAUCAUCAAAUCAAGAUUUCAGAGGAACUAUAUUGUCGCCAGGUACUCAAUUCUUGAACCUCAAGUUAGUUUUUGUAUGAAUUGGGCGUUUGAUUCGUAGGGCUGUUAAUUAGAUGGAAAUUAGGUUAGGUUUUGCAGAUUUUGUUGAAGAAUAGGGAAUUUUAAUUUGGAAGUUUAGAAUAGGUUUUUUAGAAAGGAGCCAUGAAAGGUCGAACCCACCGGCUGCAGAGCGCGGACCACCAUGAGGACUGGGUGGAUGGGUCGUGGACUGUAGACUGCGUCUGUGGUGUCAAUUAUGAUGAUGGCGAGGAGAUGGUGAACUGUGACGAGUGUGGUGUUUGGGUGCAUACACGCUGCUCUGGUUACACCAAAGGCGAUAAAUUGUUCACCUGUGACAAGUGCAAGGGUAAGGGCAAUCGAAAUGACAGUGAGGAGACUGAGGUUGCACAGUUGCUUGUAGAAUUGCCUACAAAAACGGUUAGAAUAGAGAGUAGUUAUGUUGGGCCUAGGAUUGAAAAACCUAUGGAGGAGAGGGUCCAUGUGCAGGGGGUUCCAGGGGGUGACCCUGGUCUUUUUGGAGGGUUGUCCGGGAUUUUCACACCAGAGCUGUGGAAGUGCACUGGAUAUGUGCCCAAAAAGUUUAAUUUUCAAUACAGGGAAUUUCCAUGUUGGGAUGAGAAGAAAGGGGCUGAUGUGGAGAAUGAUAAUGAAAAUGGGAAUGGGAAUCUGGUUGAUAAUGGUGCCGGUGUGCUGUUUUCUUUGUCUAAGGAGAGGGUGUUUGGUGCUCCAGUAUAUCGCAAGAAGGAGAUCUCAAAGGAGGUGAAGAAGCAGGAAGACAAUGAUGUGGAUGAACGAAGCUUGCAAAAUGGGGUGAGAAAGGACAGGUGCUUGUUUCAGCCUAUUUUUCAUUCUAGUAAACGGAAGAAACAGGAGCUUGGAGUGUCCAAAGAUUGGAGUGGAAAGAAGAAGGCCAGAACCCCUGGUGAUAAAGAAACUGAUGAGAGGAAGAGAGCUGCACACCCAUAUAAGACAGUAGUGUUUAGACACACAAGUGAUGCAAAAAAAUUGGAAUUUUAUGAAGACAGAGGUCCAAAGUCUUCCAAGACUGAUGUUCAGAGUGCGAAGACCAAGCAUUUUAAGGACAAUCCCCUUGAAGAACAGAUAUCAGAUGGUAACCUUCCACUGCAUGGGAACAAUUUAGUGGCGGUUGUACGCUGUUCCAAAGCUUCACCUUCUGAUAUGUCUGGACAUAAUUUUGCAAUUAGUGCUGAGAUGAAGGAGGACAAAGCUGGGCAUCAACUCCCUGCAGUGAUUAAAAGUUCUCCAAAAACUGAAAAUUUUGUUGCAUUGCCCAUAGGAAACGGGGAUUCUGGAAGCAUAGCUGCUAAAGAAGAGGAUCAUAGCUUGAAAAAUGUUAGGCUGGAUGGUAGUAAGGAAGUUUAUUCAAGAAGUGCUCAGGAACAUCAAAUUGAAGAUAUUGGUGGUGCUGCUGCAGAAGUUAAAGGCAGUCAGAUUCCUCAAGAUUUUAAGGGCAGCAAGUCUCAGAGCUCUGAUCAGGCUAGUAUUAAGGUGAAAAUUGAAAUGAACGAUGAUAAUUCAAAAGGCAUCACAAAUGUGCAGUCUUCUCCACCUUCUGAUGCUAAAGACCCAGGGAUAACAUUCCAUCACAUGUUAGAGACUUCCAAAGUGAAUGAUGCUGUCAGAGGCAGUUCACAAUCCUGUGAUCGCAAGGCACAGAUUGUUAAUGGAGCUUCUGAAACAGUUGGUGAAUGUCAUAAUGGUAAUGAAUUAUCAAAUGAUCCUUUGGAGUGUCUGGAAGGUUCUGACUCACUGCAGAGAAGUUCUUCAGAAUCCAAGUGUCGUCCAGGGAUUGCUGAAGAUUCAAUAAAGUUAGAAAAAAAUGUCAUGAACCCACAAGCUCCAUCUAGUCAGCAUAAAAUGGUAGUAUGUGUUGGGAAGUCUUCUACCACUUCGGGCACUGCUCUGACCACUGUGUCAUCUACUCCAGAGAAUGCUAAACCUCAUGAUAGUCAGGAUUCUAAUCCUAACAUUAAGGUUCGAGUAGUAUCCGACUCUAGUGCUAAUGUUAGAAAAGAUAGUGCUGGUAGCAAUGUUGUAACAAAUGAAGACAGGAAUGACUUGUCACGGAAGACUGUAAAAGAGCGUUCAAAAUCCUCUGCCAUUUCUGCUCCAAAAUCCUCUGCCAGUUCUGCUUCAAAAGUUUUGCAUCAGAGCAGGAUGUUACAUGCUUCCGUUUCUAAGAGAAUGGCAUCAGAAUCAAAAGAUUCUGUGCUUCACUCAUCAUCAAAGGCUUCUUCUCUGCAAAAUACUUUAGUACCUCCUGGUCCUGGUGAGUCUGCUGGAUCAUUGCAAAGUCAGUCUGCUUCACAUAUACAACAUAACAAGUCAAAUUUUCAGGCUUCUUCUAAGACUAAUAAUGCAUCAGCAGUGCAUCCUCCUGCCCCUUCAAAUUCCCUUGCUGCUCUGAGUGAUGAAGAGCUUGCUUUACUUUUGCAUCAAGAACUUAAUAGUUCUCCAAGAGUACCUCGUGUUCCACGUGUGCGCCAUGCAGGUAGCUUUCCUCAGCUUGCAUCUGCUUCCGCAACAAGCAUUCUAAUAAAGCGCACAUCAAGCUCUGGAGGAAGGGAUCAGAGUUCGGUUUCUAGAAGAAAAAACAAGGAUGCAUCUAAAGAUGGAUUUCAUGGUUCCCGUGAGCUUGAUGAUGAAAAUAAAAAGACUGCCCGAGUGCCAUCAUCACCUGAUCGGAGGAGACAAGAUAUUGGAUGUGCAGUAGAUGCUUCUUCCAGGAGAGAAGACAAGAAUGUACCUCCCACAAUUACUGCAACCACAAAUAGUGGUCCGUCUUCCUCCACUGAGGCUAAUGAUCAAAAUUUGUCAUCAAUACGCAAUUCACCAAGAAAUAUAUCUGAUGAUGAUGCAGGCACUGUUCGAGAUCCUGUACCUCGCACUUUACCUGGAUUGAUAAAUGAGAUCAUGAGCAAAGGUAGGCGAAUGACAUAUGAAGAACUUUGUGAUGCUGUUUUGCCGCAUUGGCCAAACUUGAGGAAACAUAAUGGUGAGAGAUAUGCCUAUUCCAGUCAUUCUCAGGCUGUUCUUGAUUGCCUGAGAAAUCGUCAUGAAUGGGCUCAUUUGGUUGAUCGUGGCCCCAAGACUAAUUCAGGUAGGAAAAAGCGCAAGAUUGAUGCUGAAGAAUCUGAGGAUAAUCAAUAUGGCAAGGGAAGAACUACAAAGGAGGUAGAUGUAGAAAGCAAAAGCCUUGACUCACAGAGGGAAGAGUUUCCUAAGGGCAAACGCAAUGCAAGGAAGCGGAGGCGACUGGCUUUACAGGGAAGGGGAAUAAAGGAUGUUCAGCGGAGACGGAAGGCAGAUUUUACUGAUGAUGACAAUGGGCCCUUUUCUGAUUCCAGUGAGGAGAGCAUGUUCAGUGAAGAUGAGAUUCAAGGAGGUGGAGCCUCCCCUGAUGGAAGUGAGGACACAGCCAGCUCUGAUGAGACAGAGACUGAAUGAUAACUUAGGCUUAACCAUCUCAUUUUUGUGGUCUAACAAUUAGAGGGCUUGGCCAUUUAUUGUUAGUUACUGGUUAGUGUGCUCACUGUUAUGUUUCUGAGAAAGAGUUCACCCUGUGCAUCUAUUUUGAGAUCAAUAUAGGUAUGAUGUGACCUCCGCUGUGUGGUGUGUUGUUUGCCUCUGGUGCCUCCCGGUGCCUGCAGAUCAUCAAUCAUCUUCAUGGCAAAUCAGUUUCUCAUUCUUCCUAUUUUCAUCAGCUCAACCUGACUGUGAUUAAGUGGUUUAAGAGUUGUAAUGUAGCUAAAUGCCAAUGUUUAGCGUGAUUAGGAACUUCUAGUUGCAAUGUAUGUAUAUGAUUUCUGAUUCUUGUGACCAGGUCAGGUGUACAUUGGCUUAUUUUUUCUGAGGAAUAUAUAUAUCCUGCUUAAAUUAUGCGAAACUUCUUAAAGU